CAGAGAUCCUGGCGAGAUAUGGGAAAACUUAUACAUGGGAGCUUAAAUCGCGUUUAAUGGGUUUACGAGAUCAUGAUGCUGCUGAGCUCCUUGUAAAAGAAACAAAAAUUGACUUAACGGCGGAUGAAUACCUUAAGGAACGAAAUGAGAAGCAGGCUCUCAAAUUUCCGCAUGCCAAGCCAAUGCCAGGUGUUAUGAGACUUGUCAAACACUUGAAAGUGCAUAAUAUACCAAUAGUUGUGGCAACAAGUUCGACGCGUGAUAAUUUUAAUAUUAAAGCCUCCAAUAAUCAAGAAUUAUUUGGUUUGUUCGAUAGUAUUGUUUGUGGUGAUGAUUCAGAAAUUAAAAAUGGUAAACCUGCUCCCGAUCUAUUCCUUUCUGCAUGCGCAAGAAUGGGUAACCCGUCCGUCACACAAUGCUUAGUAUUUGAGGAUGCGAUCAAUGGGGUAGAAGCUGCAAGAAAUGCAGGGAUGCACGUUGUUUGGGUUCCGGACCCUAAUUUGGCAUCGCUUUAUCCGGGUGAUAACGGUGCAACAGCUGUGAUUCAGUCCUUGGAAUACUUUGAUCCUGUUAAAUUUGGAUUGCCGCCCUUCAAAGAUGCGUGA